GAAAAAAAUCUGAUUCAUAGGCUUCAACGUUAAUGUUAGAGCAAAUUUUUAACUUAUAACUUAUAGUUUUAAUUUAUUACUGUAUUUAAGUUGUUAUUUUUGUUAAGUUAAAUUUAAAAUUGUAUUAUUGUUCUUCUUAUCUAUGCCAUGUUUUCGUUGAACUGUGAAAUAUUCUUUUUUUAUCUUGGAUGUCUUCCCUUAUGCUUGUUUGCUGGAUUCGUGGAUUAUACUUUGUUGUAGGGUAAUGGUCUCAAGUUAUGGGUGCUCAGCAGACCAAAGAUCGUGCAUUGUCAUCGGGAUCAUUGACUGCACGUAGCACUCGUGUUAAGCCACGCUUUAUUACUGCCAAAGAUGGUAAAAAUCAAGGGUUGAACAUUUUUACUGAACAUAGUGAAGCUUUGCUACAAAGUCGACCUUUACCUCACAUACCAGAUCUUCCUGAUGGAGACCCACCUGGAUCUAUUCCUUCUGGUGGUGGAAGCUCUGGUGGGUCCGGUGGUGGAACUACAUCAAGUAAUUUAGAAUCUUCAAUAAAAUGGACAUCUAAAGAAAAUUUAUUACAAUCACAAGAAGAUGAUGAUCCACAACUAUUUGUUGCCUUAUAUGAUUUUCAAGCAGGUGGUGAUAAUCAACUUAGUUUAAAAAAAGGAGAGCAAGUUCGAAUUUUAUCAUACAACAAAAGUGGAGAAUGGUGUGAAGCUCAUGCUUUACCUGGGCAAGUAGGUUGGGUGCCAUCAAAUUAUGUAACACCAGUAAAUUCAUUAGAAAAACAUUCAUGGUAUCAUGGUCCUAUAUCACGUAAUGCUGCUGAAUAUCUCUUGAGUUCUGGUAUAAAUGGUAGUUUUUUAGUACGGGAAAGUGAAAGUUCUCCUGGUCAACGAUCAAUUUCACUUAGAUAUGAAGGCAGAGUAUAUCAUUAUCGUAUAAAUGAAGAUACAUCUGAUGGCAAAGUUUAUGUGACUACUGAAAGCCGUUUCAAUACUCUUGCUGAAUUAGUUCAUCAUCAUUCAAUGCACUCAGAUGGUCUCAUUACUCAACUUUUAUAUCCAGCCCCUAAACAUAACAAGCCAACAGUUUUUGCUCUUAGUCCAGAACCUGAUGAAUGGGAAAUAAAUCGCACAGACAUUGUUAUGAGACAUAAAUUGGGUGGUGGACAAUAUGGUGAUGUCUAUGAAGCUGUGUGGAAACGUUAUAAUAUGACUGUAGCAGUAAAAACUUUAAAAGAAGAUACAAUGGCUCUAAAAGAUUUCUUAGAAGAAGCUUCUAUUAUGAAAGAGAUGAAACACCCAAAUUUAGUUCAACUUUUAGGGGUAUGUACAAGAGAGCCACCUUUUUACAUCAUUACAGAGUUUAUGAGUAAAGGAAAUCUUUUAGACUAUUUAAGAUCUGAUAGUCGAGAAAAUAUAAAUGCUGUUGUUCUAAUGUAUAUGGCUACACAAAUAGCUAGUGCAAUGAAUUAUUUAGAGAGUAGAAUGUUUAUUCAUAGAGAUUUAGCUGCUCGUAACUGUCUUGUUGGUGAAAAUCAUCUUGUUAAAGUAGCAGAUUUUGGCUUAGCUCGAUUAAUGAGGGAUGACACUUACACUGCUCAUGCUGGAGCUAAAUUUCCUAUUAAAUGGACAGCUCCUGAAGGUUUAGCUUACAAUAAGUUUUCAACUAAAUCUGAUGUAUGGGCAUUUGGUGUAUUACUUUGGGAAAUAGCUACAUAUGGCAUGUCACCAUAUCCUGGUGUUGAUUUAACAGAUGUUUAUCAUAUGCUAGAAAAAGGAUAUCGAAUGGAUUGUCCGCCAGGCUGCCCACCCAAUAUUUAUCACUUGAUGAAACAAUGUUGGCAAUGGUCUCCAAAUGAAAGACCAUCCUUUAAAGAUAUUCACCAUGCUUUAGAAAAUAUGUUUCAAGAAUCUAAUAUAAUUGAGGAAGUGGAAAAGCAAUUACAAGGAAGUAUAACACCUCAAUUAUCUCAUAAAAGAUCUCAUGGAAAUAAUACCAACACUUUAGGAGCAUCUUCAGAGACAAUUGAAGGAACUUCACAAAUUGAGCGCAAUCUUUCUACUUUUGGUGGUCCAAUUGUUAAAGGGAAUAUUGUUCAACUAAGACGUCCUACAAAUAAACGUGGAAAAACUGCCCCAGCACCUCCAAAACGAACUAGCUUAUUGUCAUCAUGUAGUUCAUUUAGAGAUUCACAUUAUGGUGGACCCAUAACCACAGAUCAAGGUGAUACUGCUAUGUCUCUUCCAUCACAACAUUUCUCUGAAGAUAAUCAUGCAGCUAAUGGUGUUAAUAAAGAUGUUCAUAAUUCUAUAACUAGUUUGGGUGAUAGUGAUGGAGCAAGUGAAGAAAGUGCUGAACCAAUAGAAAUUGAAAAUGAAUGUUCUAAUAUACCACCUUUAAAUCGUGUCCACCGUGGAUCUUUAACUAAAAAAACAUCUAAACAUCAAGCUUCAAAUCCUCUAUAUCAAAGAGAUACUAGUAACUUAAAUACUCCUAAAGUUGCUGCUCUGGAGGUACAAAAUGUAAAAAGAGCUAUAAAUCGUUAUGGUACAUUGCCUAAAGGUGCUCGUAUUGGUGCUUAUUUAGAGUCCUUAAGACAUGGAAAUGGAGAAUCAAUUGAAAUUAAUAAUACUAAACCACUUCCUAAUAAUCGUACUAAUACACCAUUACGAAGAACUUUUCAACAGCCAGGAAAUAUGACUAGAAGUAAUUCAUCUACAAAUUUCCAGCCCUCUUCACCUCGAACAACACGUACGCAGCCACCUCCUCCAAAUUUAGCAGAUUUGGAAUUUCCUCCUCCUCCACCUCCCGAAGAUUUAGAUCUAGAGGAACAUUCUACAUUUAGGUUUGGGGUGAGUCUUAGACAUAGAGAACCAUCUACUGAUUCUUGUAACAGUGCUAAAUCAGAACCUGCAAGACUGAAAAAUAUCCGAAAAGAGAAUAAAUUAUUGACUGAAAAUGAACCAACAUUAGAACCCUCUCCAUUAUUACCAAAGAAGAAUAUUGACUUAUCUCCAAGUUCAGAUGAAGAUAAUAAAGAUAUAAAAAGUCUUGUACCAAAUAUUAUGAAAGAAAUGAUGGAAUUAAAACAUGUAAAUGAAAAAAAAUUUAAAGAUGAUAAGCCAAACUCACCUGUUGACUUUAAAACAAAUUUGAAAAAAAUUAGUAUAGAGCGUAAAGAAAAUCGAAUAGAUAAUAAUAUUGCAGAAGUUAAAUCACAGUUAAAAAAGGUAAAAAUUGAAAACAAAAAAGAAAGUGAGAGUGUUGAAUGUGAUAGUAAUAAUCCAGAGGAAGUUGAUGAUAAAAGACGCAGUACAGGCAGUAUAAAUAGUUUGAAAAAAUUAUGGGAAGGUGAAAGUCCCCCUGAAACAAAUAAAGAAAGACGUAUUUGGCCACCUCAUGAAGAAAAACCUACUGUACCCCUUAAACCUACUAAAUCAACAAAAUCAAAUGCAAUUUAUGCUACUCCUGGAGCUCCUUCUAAUUUAGUUGAACAAUUACAAGCUGUUGAGAAUAGCUUAAAGACUUUGCAAGCAACUCCAAUGAUCACAUCUGCAGGGUGGUUAGCUCUUUCAGAUAAAGUUGGGGGAUUUCAUUCUUCUUGUCUUAAUUAUGUUGAUUCAGCAGCACCACCAAAUCUUAGGUUUCAUUUACGCGAGUUGCUAAAUAAAUUGGAAUCUCAAUCGAGGCAAAUGAGGUCUGCUGGUGGAGGUCGGCAACAAACUGACAAUUCUUCUAUAUUCCAAACAUUAGAAAAUACUUUAAAAGAUAUUAUGAAUGUUAUUCAAAGAUAAAGACACCUAGUAUAGCCAGUUACAAAAUACAAUAUAUAUUUGAAAUAAUUUAAAUCCUUCCAAAUUACAACUGAACCGUUCCACGUGUAAAAUAUCUAUUACUCUUUUUAAUUUUUUUUUGUUUUUUUUUGAAUUUAUAAAACAACUAUUUGCAUUGUUAUUCAUGAUAUUCAUUACAUUUUAUUAUACUGCUUUUUGAUGAUUUGUGCUAUAAUGUAUACAAUUUCUUGUAUUUUGAUAUGGAUGGUCUUAAUUCUACUUAUUAAUAUAAUUUUUAUAAUGGUGAAAGCUAAGGAUAUAGUGAUCCUUAAAAUAAUAUUAAUAAAUCUCCUUCCUUACUAUUAUAAAAAUAGUUAAAUGACAGAUACAGACUGUACUUGUUAAGAUAAUGUGUGUACGUGUGUUUUUUUUACCUCCUUAUGUUUACCUAUAAUUAUAAAGUAUUCCUAAAUAGUAAAUGUUGCCCUUGUAGUUUUGCUCAAUGUUUUUUAUUUAUACUCUAAAUUUAUCUAACACUUGCAAGUGACGAAAACAAAAUUCAGCGAAUUUACUUUCAUGUAUAUUUAUUUAUUUAUUUUAUUUGUAUAAUUAAGACUGUCUCAAUUUUCUUAAAUUUGAAGACAUUACAGUGUUUUGAUGAUAAAAUUUUUUUUAUUAUAUGUAUAAUAAAUACUUUUAUUUGACCUUUUAAAUAUUGAUCAACUUAAUUUAAACUAUGAUUUUUACUUAUUGCAUCUAUAAAAGUAAAUUAGAAUGUAAUUGAAAAAUAAAUUGAAAGACUGAUACGAAUUUGUCCACUUAUAGGUCUUUGUGAAAUGUAUAGUUGUGUUGAGAUGCAUAUAAUUACUUAAAUUAUAAUAUAGUAUGCACAUAGAGAAUCUGUUUAUAUUCUCGAGUAUAAAGUUAUAGAGAUUUAAUUUAUUACAAUAAUAAUUAAUAUAAAAACAAAUCAUAAUUUAUUACUGAUCUAGUCUUUAAAAUAUAUAAAAGUAGAAGUUGUAGAAUUUAUGACUUUCCUCAUAAUAUAUGUUAUAAAAUUUAUAUCUACUAAAUUAUUAUUAUUAUUAUGUUUUAUAAUUUUUAAAGUGUAUUAAUACUUCAUUUUUGGC